GAACGGUAAUUUACUCGUUUCAAAUGUACGUAAAAUUGGCUACUUUUAUGAGAAGUAUUUCAAAGAAGAAGCCUUCCUCAAACCAAGUUACAAAAACGACAAAUGUAUCAUCCGACCAGAGGCGGCGUUCGCGGUGGCCGUGAUCAAUUUACUUGGGAUGAUGUCAAGGUUGAUAAACAUCGCGAGAAUUAUCUAGGUCACAGUAUUAAGGCCCCCGUUGGAAGAUGGCAGAAAGGAAAAGAUCUACACUGGUAUGCAAGGGAUAAAAGAUCUGAGGGUUCAAAUACAGAUGCUUUAAAAGAAGAGAUAAAAAGAAUUAAGGAAGAGGAGGAGCAGGCCAUGAGGGAGGCGCUUGGCUUAGCUCCAAAGUGUGCUAGUCGACCUCAAGGAAAUCGACUUGAUAAACAUGAGUUUUCAGAACUUGUGAAGCGAGGUUCUACUGCAGAAGAUUUGGGAGGAGGGCAUGCAGAAGCUGCACGUGUUGACGGUCUUGGUUUUUCAAGAGCACCCCGUCCAUGGGAAGACACAACUACUCUUCCUUCUACUCACAAGGAAGUUUCUCCUGAGCCAGCAAAGGAGAUCAUGCCUGAUCCAUCAGCAAGGAAAUCUGAAGGAGAUGUAUCAGAGGGUGAAAGUGACCGAAAGAGGAGGAAGUGUGAGGAGAAGAAGCUCGAUAAGGAGAAGAAACAUGAGAGACGUGAAAGGCAUGAGAAACGACGUUCUCAUGAUUCAGACGACAGAAGGAAACACAAGAAAGAUAGGAAGAGAAGGCAUGACUCUGACUGACUGAAUAAACACUUGAAGUUGUAUCAUUUUCAUGUUAUAUGGGCAGAUCUUUAUUCCAUUUUGUAAUUAAAUUUCAAACUUCAGCGUCCUGUUAGAUGCUUUUAAGUUGUACGAUUGUUUGAGAUCGGGGUAUCAAUUGGCCUGUGAAAAAGUCCCUCGUGUAAAAUGCAUGUUAUCUCCAAAAACGAAGUUGGUUGUUAGACGUUAA